ACCGUUGCAGAACAGAAUUUGGAAGUGUCUCGAAAUUUCAUUUCUUCUCUCUAACCUCAUCCAUCAUUUUGUACCAUAAAAUUCAUUAUUACUCAUUUCUUUCUCUCUCUUCGGAUUGCUUUAUAUAUAACCCCCACUUCACUUUGCAUCAUCACUUCUCUACUUUCCUCUCUUUCAUUCUCUCAUUCAUAUCUAUCUACACACAAAAAUAUAUUUCACUUUUUCUUCUCUAGCUUCUAACUAAUUUCAUUAAAGAGUUGUUAUUUCCAUUUGUAUGGAUGGAUUCUUCUAGUGAACAACAUCAGCAAAUGUCUAACCAGUCAUUGGAGAGCAUGUUAACAUGUUCAAAAGGAGAGCAAGACAAAAAGGCAAAACCUCAACCAGAGGCACUAAAAUGUCCGAGAUGUGACUCGAGCAACACCAAGUUUUGUUACUACAACAAUUACAGUCUUUCGCAACCGAGAUAUUUCUGCAAGUCGUGUAGGAGAUAUUGGACUAAAGGAGGUACGUUAAGAAAUGUUCCUGUUGGUGGGGGGUGUAGAAAGAACAAAAGAUCAUCGUCGUCGGCGUCGAGAAGAAUUCAAGAUCAGGCAUUUGUAAACAUUCCGGAUGCGGUUAAUUGUUUCCCUUCGUUGGGUUAUGAUUCCAAUGAUCUUACUCUUGCCUUAGCUAGGCUUCAUAAGGGUCAGCUUGGAUUUGAUCAUGAACAUGAUUUUUCCAUUUUAGGAAACCAGGCCAACUCAAACAUAAACACAAACACCUCAUGUGCUGUUCUUAACAAUCAUGGUAUGAGCCAUUCCUCGAACAAUCAUAAUUUCUUUGAAGCGUUCAUGGGGUCUCAGAACAAUGUGUACUAUGGAUAUGGGAAUAGGGACAUGGGGGAAGUGGAUAAUAGCAAUGGCAAUGUUAGUGGUGAGAUGAUGUUGCCUUAUGAUCAUGAAAUGAGCAUUGCAACAACUCAAGCAGUGACAGUCACUACCAUGAAACAAGAAAUUUGUAAUGUUAGGGAACAAAAUGAAAAUAGGGUUUUGUUAGGUUUUCCAUGGCAGUUCAAUAAUGGAGAUUCUAACAUGGCUGAAAUUGAUCACUCAGGAAGAGCUGGUUGGAAUGGACUCACUUCACCUUGGCAUGGCCUUCUUAACAGCCCCCUAAUGUAGACACCGUCACGGUUUUAGAUCAUGGUUUUAAAUUGCAGUCGCAUUACGAACCGUAAUUUAAAACUAUGGUCACAAUACUUAGUUUGAUCAUGGAGGAUUUGAUUCUCUUGUGUUGUAUCACCUCAAUUUAUUUUUAUUUUAGUUGUUUUUUUCUUUAGCAUUUUGUUAAAUUGUCAAAAUUUUGUACUACUAGUGUUUUUUAAUUGGUGAAGUGAAUAGACUAAUGGGAAUUUGAGAUGUUUUGUUAACCAAGUCAAUGAAGUUGGAGAGAAGUAGAUAAAUCAUCAUU